AUGAAGUAUAGCAUAGUGUUCGUGGUUGCACUCUUUGGAGCCGCCGUGGCCCAGGAUAGCUUCAAGUGUCCGGACGACUUCGGCUUCUACCCGCACCACAGCUCCUGCGACAAGUACUGGAAGUGCGACAACAACGUGGCCGAGCUGAAGACGUGCGGCAACGGGCUGGCGUUCGACGCGACAGACUCCAAAUACCUCACGGAGAACUGCGACUACCUGCACAACGUGGACUGCGGUGACCGCACCCAGCUAGAACCUCCAAUCUCCACCUCCCACUGCGAGCGUCUGUACGGUAUCUUCCCGGAUGCGGCCAAGUGCGACGUCUUCUGGAACUGCUGGAACGGUGAGGCCUCGCGCUACCAGUGCUCGCCCGGACUGGCCUACGACCGCGAUGCCCGCGUCUGCAUGUGGGCCGACCAGGUGCCGGAGUGCAAGAACGAAGAAGUGGCAAAUGGAUUCGCCUGCCCCGCCGCCGGCGAAAUCUCCAAUGCCGGAUCGUUCUCGCGACAUGCCCACCCGGAGGACUGCCGCAAGUACUACAUCUGCCUGGAGGGAGUGGCCCGCGAGUACGGCUGCCCCAUCGGAACCGUCUUCAAGAUCGGUGAUGCCGACGGUACCGGCAACUGCGAAGACCCCGAGGACGUUCCCGGAUGCGAAGAUUACUACGGUGAUUUGGACUUGAAAAGCAUCCGCAAGAGCGAACUCCUUGCCGGUCUAGCCCUCCAGUCCGGUGGUGCGCCCGCCUCCACCAAAGCUAACGUUAAGUCCAACCGGCCGGCUCCCAAGGAGAGCAACUAA